UCAGAGUCGAGACGCGUCGCGCAAACGUGCGUUUUACACGCGAAGAUAAAAAUACCAAUAAUAAUACAGCAAAAAAAAUAAUACUCAUACUCUGUAACAGUGACGUCGGAAAAGUAUUAAAUAACAGACCUGGUUUGUCUUCGUACUCAGUGUGUGGUUAUAGUUUGUGGUGUGGAGUUGCGUGGUGAGAAAUAAAUAUGAAGCCACUACUUCCAGCAGUGGUGGCAAUAUGCCUGAUCAUCUCCGGCUACGCGCACCCUGAAAACAUCGAGGAUGUCAAAGAACUGCCGCAAAAGACAGACUUGAAACUAGAUGCGGAGGAAAGCCAGCCACAAGCUCGCAAAGAGCGCUGCACGACCUGUGCGUCGGGCGCUCUGAAACUAAACUUAAAAUCACCGAACGAUGUCCUCGCAGCGCUUCAAGCACUACCCGGCGCUGAAGUCCACACACAGCAGUCUUACGAAAGCUGCUCGAGCGACAAAGGGUGUGCGGGUCUCAAAAUCAAAGACGGAGCCGUCGUAGAAAGAUUCGGAAACGUGGACUCCUUCAAAGCCGCCGUAUCGGCGGACGGAGCCAACGAAUUCCAAUUCCAUCCAGGAGGUGCUUUAGGGGACGCGUUCGCAAACAACCCACCUUUCUGGUGGAUGAACCAGAACUCGCCGUUCAAAACGGCCGGUGGAAAUUUCGAGAAGUUCAGCAAGUCCAGCUCUAGCUUCUCCAGCAGUGGGGGCGCUGCAGGAGCUGCGGGUGCCGUCCCGUUCCUCGGUGGUAGCGUAGACCUAUCCGCAAAUCCUUUCCUGAACGGUGAAUUCUCGAAAGUCGCCGGUGCGUUCGGCGCAAGCGGAGCCGGUGCUGAAUCAGUCAAGCCCUCAGGGUUCCAAUCGUCUUCGUUCGAAAGCUCGUCCUUCAGCAGCUCAAGCAAAGGCGACUUAGACCUGUCAAAGAAUCCAUUCUUGAACGGAGGCAUCAAGUUAGGCCAAGGAGGUUUCGCUGCACAAGGAGGUUUCGGUUCUAGUCAAUUCGGUGCGGGCGCUACAGGCAGCGGAGCCGCCGGCCAGGGUAGUUUCGGCUCCAGCCAAGGGCAGGGUUUCUCAUCACAAAGCAACUUCAACUCGCAAGGGUCAGGGUCUGGUUUGACCUCAGGCAGUGCCCAAUUCGGUGGGCAGUUUGGAGCGUCGUCAUCAAACAAAUUCGGAGCGUCAGGAUACACAGGUUCUUCUCCGAGUCCAUUCUCCGCUUCCACGGCUGGAUCUAACGUGAACUUGAUCCAGAACUCGCAGAAGGGUUCCGAGUUUGAUUACGAACAACAACAGCAGACCCAGAACAUAGAUGAGGCGUUCCAGUCUACUGGCAACGUUCAUGCCCAUGAACACAGCGGUGGUGAACUCCAGCAGACAUGCGCCGGUCAAGGCUACGUGUGUGUGCAUAAAGCUCAGUGCAACAACGGCGUGGUCAACACCAACGGGGCUGGUGUCCACCAGGCUAGAACUCAGAAACAUUAUUGCAACGUUAAGACUGAAAUAUGCUGCCGCAUGGAAAUAUCUGCUCUCUCUGGCUCCGGCAGCUCUCAAGGAUCCCUGGGUGUGGGUUCUGCCACCUUCUCCGGUUCUGGGUCCCAAGGAUCAGGACUCUUCGUAACCGGACAAUCGGGACAAGGCAACUUCGCUUCUGGUAGCAGCAGCUUCGGAUCUGGUCAAAGCGGCAAUGCUUUCGGACAAUCAGGCCAAUCUGGAGUGUCCAGCCAAUCCGGCCAAGCUAGCCAGUCUGGACAAGCGAGCUUCGGAGCUUCUUUUGGAAGCAGAGGCACUUUCGGACAAGGAACGCAGACUAGUCAAACAGCUUUCGGCCAAGGCAGCCAAGGAGCGUUCGGCCAAGGCAGCCAAGGAGCCUUCAGCCAAGGAAACCAGGGAGCUUUCGGCCAAGGAAGCCAAGCAGGACAAAGUGCUUUCGGAAGUUCUUCCGGCAGCGGAUUUUCGGCAUCCGGCUCCUUCGGUUCCUCGAACUCCGUAAACAGAGGAGUCACGUCAGGAGUGACAUCCGGUUUCGGGUCAGGAUUCAACGCCAAUAAAUUUGCUUCAGGAUCUGGUUCCAGCAGCUUCGGAGCCGGCGCUGGUUUCUCUACCGCCGCUCCUACAAACCGAUUCGGCUCCAGCAACGAAGUUUUCAAGUCCACGAGCCAAUCUAACUUUAUAGAAACCGAUUCAUUCUCCGCUGGAAGCGAAGUAGCAGGCUCUUACAGGCCUGGAGCUACUGGUUUGAAACCAGGCAUUCCUUACCUGCCUCCCGUGGACAACGUCCACCAACCCACAAUUAUAAGUUCCACUGCUAUCCCACCUACAUACACUCCGCGUCCCAUCACAGUGAGGCCAAUUACUCCCAGACCUACUUACAGACCUUCAACAUCGCCCCCUGGCUACUUGCCUCCUGAACAGAGUGACUCCUCCAAUAAUAAAGAGACUGUUGUUCCUGGACCUCCGAUUUACACCGACGGCGGAAUUAUUCUGGAGGCGAACAGAGAACCGAAACAACCAUUCUCCUCACCAAAUGAGAUCCCAGCUGGCUGCGCGGCCGCUCUGAAGUGCACACCCAUCGAAUACUGUACCGCUGAGGGAGUGAUCUCCAACACGACUGUCAUAUUGACUAGAGAUCAGGAGUCCUACAGAGUACCUCUUACUGACUGCAAAGACUUGUCAUCCGGUCGCAUUGGCAAAUGCUGCAGAGAUCCUUUGUACACGGACCCGUGGCCCACAAACCAACUUGGCAAAUGGGUUCCCGGCGUAUUCGGUGGCAACGACGGCAAAUACGUGCCAGACAGCAGGGGCUCUGGCAACAAUCCCAGGCCUCAGGUCACCGCCAGACCUCCGGUUACCGGCAAUGUGCUUUUGAACUCAAACAGGCCGAAACCUACAUUACCACCAUUCGGGCCCAACCAAGUGACCCCUGGUUACCCUACCGGCGGCAAUACAGUCUCAUCUUUUGGACAAAAGGGACAAUUUGAAAUCAGAAACCAAGGUCAAUACGGACAAGGAAGCCAAGGUCAAUACGAACAAGGAGGUCAGGGACAAUUCGGCAUUGCCGGCCAAGGAGGAACCCAACAAACAGCUGGCUCCCAAUUCACCAGCAAUACUCAAGCUUUCAGAGGACAAGGUCAAAUAAGCCAACAGGGUCAAGGACAGGUGGUCUCUCGGGGUCAAGGUCAAAUCGUGACACAGGGUCAAGGACAGUCGGUGUCGCAGGGCCAGGGCCAAAUCGUGACACAGGGUCAAGGACAAUACGUGGAGAGAGGUCAGGGCUCGUAUUCCGGAGGCGGGAGAGGUCAAAUCGGUAUUGGCGGACAAGGACAAGUUGGCAUUGGUGGCCAGGGACAAAUUGGCAUUCAAGGAGCUGGUGGCCAAGGACAGUUCACUCAGUUCUCCGGAGAGAGUCAGAAGACAUUCGGGCAAGGAGUCAUAAAUGGCCAAGGCCAAUCCGUCAGCCAAGGUCAAGGAAUCGGCGUCAUCACAGGACAAGGACAGGGCGUUAGGCAAGGGCAAGGAUUCGGCGUUAUAACUGGCCAAGGCGCGAUUGGCCAAGAUCAGGGAUUGGGCGUCGUCACUGGCCAAGGCCAAGGAAUUAGCCAGGGUCAAGGAAGCUUCGGCGUUUCCGGCCAAGGCCAAGGAAUUAGCCAAGGCCAAGGAAGCUUCGGCGUUUCCGGCCAAGGAUUUGGAAUAAGCGGCGGCUUCGGCACUGGAUACCGGCAAGGAUUCGGGCAAGGUGUUAUAACUGGCCAAGGUCAAGGAAUUAGCCAAGGAUUCGGCUCCGGCAUCCGCCAAGGGUUCGGCCAAGCCAUCGUCCAAGGGGAGGGACAGACCAGCGCCUCGGAACAAGUCUACAGAGUGUUUUUGGGGAAAUACAACGGAGGCAGCGGUCAAUGCGGUGUUCUGAACGGUCAAAAACCUUACGGCAACCGCAACGACUUGGAAGUAGACUUCGCUGAGAUCCCAUGGCAGGCCAUGGUGUUACUACAGACCAACAGGAGUCUGCUCUGCGGUGGUGUCAUCACCAGGCCCGAUGUCGUCCUCACUUCCGCAUCCUGCGUCGAAGGAUUGGACGCUAAGAACGUCCUUAUCAAAGGAGGCGAAUGGAAGCUCGGAAUUGACGACGAACCACUGCCAUUCCAAAUUGUGCAAGUGAAGACUAUCCUAAGACAUCCGUUCUACAAGUCUGACAGUUUGAAAUACGACGCGGCCAUCUUGGUUUUGUCUGAAAACCUGAGAUUGGCGAAGAACAUCUACCCCAUAUGCCUGCCUGCCGCCUCUGACACUUUGGACGCGUUCUACAACGGCGCGGGCGAAUGCAUCGUCACCGGAUGGGGCAAGCAAGUUCUACAAGCUCACCUCGCCGGCAGCAUCAUGCACAGCCUGAACGUGUCCCUCAUCAAUCCUGGCGAAUGUCAGGCAAAACUUAACAGCGAUUACCCACACCUUCUGGAGCAAUACGACCAGGAAAGCUGCGCCUGCGGCCAACCCUUGAACCCUGUCAACAACAUCUGCAAGGUUGACAUCGGCAGCGCGCUUGCUUGCACCACAGACAACGAGCACUACGUAUUACGAGGCGUCUACUCUUGGGACUCUGGCUGUCAGACUGGCAACCAAUUGGCUGCAUUCUACAGGUUCGACCUAGAAUGGUAUGAAUGGGCCAUCGGUCUCAUCGAAAGCGUCAGAUUCGCCAAAUACACAGUGGGCACUAAAGUCACCACCAAACAGAUUUCCGAACAACUUAACAGCGGUGUCAGCGGACAGUACUCCGGAUCUGUUAAAGGAAGCCAAUUCGCUGGUGUUAAGGGCGGCAAUUCCGGAAGCGGAAUUUCCGGAAGUGGAAUUGCCGGAACCGGAUUUUCCGGAAGUGGAUUUUCCGGAAGCGGUUUCUCCGGAGUUAAAGGCGGCAAAGUUUCCGGGAGCGCAGCCAGCGAAGCCAUCUCCGGUUCCGGCCAGUUCGGCUUCAGCCAAUUCGGCACUAAAUUUUCCGAGGCCCAAUCGAACGGCUUCAACGCAGCCAUAAGUGCACCAAUCACGAACAGCUUCAGCGCAAGCUACUCGGAAAAGAAAGUGUUCCAAUCGGAGCCCAAGAUCAUAACGUACACUACGAAACCCGAAAUAGUGACGUUUACGACUAAACCCGAAUAUUUCACGUUCACGACUAAACCGAAGAUAAUCACUUACACGACUAAGCCGAAAAUUGUUACCUACACUACUAAACCACAGAUUAUUACAUACGAAACAUCGGGAAGCAUCCCCAAUCCACAAUACGUAGCGCCUGGAGUCACAUACAAUCCAAGUUUUGCUGAACUAACAGGAGCUCAUAAACACAACGCACAAUGCAAAUGUCUGGAGAAAGGGAAAAAAUAGACUUUACACAUAUUACAAACGAAACAAAAAGAGUAUUCGAUUUUUAAAUAAUUUAAAUUAAACAAAAGAUACAUUGGUAACGAAAGAGUUAUUACGAGGUGUGCCAUAAAGAAAGAUUCUAAUCGUUUCAGUACAAAAAGAGGUCCGUUAUUUAAGAGAAAGAAGAAAAAAAAGUAUUUUGUUUUUAAAUUAUCCUAGUUCCUAGACACGUUUUGUUAUACCAUGAUCAGUGAUUGUUACAUACGACUUCAAGAAAACAACGAAACGAAAUUUUACGAAUUUUAAAAAUACCCAUUCCUCUUUUUAUUUUAUUUGUUUUCUUCUAUUUAUGAUUCAAUUUAAAAUAAUGAUUAUAAUAAUAAUAUGAAAUUCUGUAAAUAGAUAGGUAUAUUAUUUUUAAACGAUCAUAGAUCUGUUGAAAGUUUAUUUUUUUUAUUAUAUUGUAUGUGAUUUUUAAAACAAAUAAUUGUAAUCAUUGGUUUCAUAUUGAAAACUACCGCUUUUUUAAUUUCAAUUAAGUAUCAUUUACUUCUUUUGCUUAAGACUUACUAUUAAAAAAAAAGUAUAUUAUAUGUAGGUAACAAUAUUUUCUAAUAAGAUAGCGAAAUAUAUGUUUUUAAGUAAAAAUUCUCAAUGCAAACAUUAGACAUUUGACCAUAUUGGUUAUUUAAAUUUACCUAACCAAAAUGGUCGACCAUCUAAUGCGAUCGGUUUUAGUCGGUAAGAGCUAUUUUAUAUUAUAUAUUAUGUAAUACAUGUAUAAAUUUUCAACAAAAAUAAUACGUACGCAUAAUUUUAUGUAAUAAAUUGUUACAAUUAGUAUUAAAUACAUUAAAUGGAGGUACUUUACAGUAUA